AUGGCGACAGACUACACCACGAAGAACUACGACAUCGAGAAGAAGGCCUCCGCGCACGUUACGUCCGUGUUGCCUGUAGGUGAAGUAGAAGUGGUUGCGGACCAUUCGUUGGGGGAGGACGAAGCGACGUUGGUUGCUCUUGGGUACAAACAAGAGUUCCGCCGCGAGUUCUCCAUGUUCACCUCCUUCGGUGUUUCGUUCUCCGUGCUUGGACUGUUGCCCUCCAUCGCUACGACGCUGUGGUAUGGAAUGGGAUAUGCGGGAACUGCGGGUAUGGUUUGGGGGUGGUUGAUCGCGAUGGUGGGGAUCCAAUGUGUGGCUAUGAGCAUGGCCGAGCUGGCUUCUUCGAUGCCUACAUCCGGUGGUCUAUAUUACGCCGCUGCCAUCCUCGCGCCGGAAGGUUGGGGCCCGUUAGCGUCGUGGAUCACUGGCUGGUCGAAUUGGAUCGGUCAGGUCACGGGCGCUCCGUCGGUCGAUUAUGGAUGUGCUGCCAUGAUCCUCGCCGCAGCCUCAGUCUACAACCCGUCCUACGUCCCGACAAACUACCAAACCUUCCUCCUCACCGUCCUCCUCCUCCUCGUCCACGGCGCCAUCUCCUCCCUCCCCACGCGCCAUAUAGCUAUUUUCAACUCGGUGUCGACCUGGUUGAAUAUGGGGUUCUUGAUCAUAGUGUUGGUUAUUAUUCCGAGUGCGACUACGAAUCGGGAUCCGAGGUUUAAUCCGAGUAGUGAGGUCUGGGGAACGAUUUCGAACGAGACCGAAUGGCCCAACGGGAUCGCCAUCCUCAUGUCCUUCAUCUCCGUCAUCUGGACGAUGUCGGGCUACGACGCCCCGUUCCAUCUCUCCGAAGAAUGUUCGAACGCGGCGAUCGCGAGUCCGAGGGCUAUCGUGUUGACGGCGGAGACGGGAGGACUGUUGGGGUGGUUCUUGAUGCUUGUGAUCGCGUAUACUGUGCGCGAUAUACCGGCGGUGAUAGGUUCUGAGCUCGGUCAGCCGUUCGUGGCGUAUUGUUUGCAGGUGUUGCCGCAGAAGACGGCGAUGGCUGUCGUGGCGAUGACGAUCGUGUGCAGUUUCUUCAUGGGUCAAGGAUGUAUGGUCGCCGCAUCCCGCGUAACCUACGCCUACGGCCGCGACGGCGUCUUCCCCCUCUCCUGGAUCCCCGGCACCGUCAACAAGUACACCCAAACGCCCGUCAACGCCGUCUGGAUGAACACAUCCAUCGGGAUCCUCCUCCUCCUGCUCAUCUACGGCGGCUCGCUCGCCAUCUCCGCCAUCUUCUCCAUCGGCGCUAUCGGCGCCUACGUCGCGUUCACUUUGCCCGUCGCAUUGCGGACGUUCGUCGUGGGGAACAGAUUCCGCCCGGGUCCGUGGAAUUUGGGGAGGUGGAGUAGGUUGAGUGGGACGGUCGCGACGGCGUUUACGUUGUUGAUGAUGCCCGUGCUUUGUUUUCCGACGGUGAGGGGGGCGGAUUUGAAUGCGCAGACGAUGAAUUGGACGGUUGUGGUUUGGGGGGGACCGAUGUUUUUGGCGAUGGUGUGGUGGGUCGUGGAUGCGCGUGAAUGGUUCAAGGGACCUAAGAUCAACGUCGAGCACCAGAUGCUCGCCCGACCAGCUGACGACGCCGCACAGGCACCUUCACGUUCGUCGUCGGAGUCGUCCCCUGCGAAGGGGGCUUAG